AUGAUGAAGUUGGCGAGUUUAUCUGUUGGACUCGUUUUCCUAUCAAGGAGCAUGGAAACAUUUGCUUUGAUGGUUUUUCUCUACAUUGAGCUUUCCAAUGAUGGUGGGACGUCUCCUCAGCUCUGCUCUAGCUAUAUUGAUGCCAUCCAUAGGCGCAGAUCAAAUUACCAUUGUUGUUCUACUUUCAAUGCACCACUUAUUGUGUUAUUUCCGCUUCUUGAUUUUCGAAUAAAGAUACCAGCAACAACGGGAGCCAUCAGGGAGAGAUGCGUACCCAUAUCAGUUAUCUGCAGAUCGUAG